GAAUAGCGAUGGGAUGCCUGUCGCACAGCGCUGGCCCCCCGGCCCCUGACGUCGACCUCGGAGCGUAUGCGCUCGUUGACAGCGCGUGCAUUUUCAUUUCAGCGAAACGCUUCCGCUCGCUGCACAUGCAUUCUGUCGCCCUGUCAUGUCGGGUGGAUUUUUUUCUCUGUCGGGCGUAAUGCCGCCGAAAACACAGCACAGCACGGCAGAGCGCGGCAGAGCACAGCGGAGUACAGCACAUUGCAGCAUAUCGCAGCAUAUCGCAGCAUAUCGCAGCACAGCGCAGUAUUAUCCCCAGGCUGUGGGGUUAGCCAUUUGGCCUUUACUCGGCCCGAAGAUUAAUGGCGAUGGGAUCGGGCUUUGAACAUCUGUGCCUGACCGUUUUCACCCAAAGAGUAGUGUGAUCACCGCGAGACGCGACAACUUGCAGGCGCUUUGAAACGUAGGGUAUGUGCGGAUGUGCUUGUUGGGUAUUGGACUCGAUACGACCGGCUUAUUAUCUUAGGAGGUGAUG